GACAACGACGGCGACGACGACCCUCGCAGCUCCUCUCCCGCGCCGGGAGCUACACGGCAUGUAGCGACUAGCAUGAGGUUUCUGUGGCCUGUGCUGCUCCGGACCGCCACAGAAGGGCCAUCGUCCUACUGGCGAAUUGGUUGCGGCGUUGCCAGUAAAGGAUCUGCUCAGUUUGGGAGCGCGUCGCUCUUCUGCUGUAAGCCAGCGAUGAUCACAUCAGCUGAAGGCGGCGACAGUGACAGCAGAACAGCAGGCAUGCCUCUUCGGAAUCGUCUCUGCCCGCAGUCCCACCUCAGUAGUCUUCAGUCCUCAUCAACGUCGACAACUACAACAACGACGACAUCGCCGACGCAGAUUGGUGAUGCAUUCGCGCCAAAGAAAGUGCUCGUUCUGACGAAGUUCUCGCGGCUCGAAUUCGAGAAACGACGUCACAAGGAGUUCAAAGAAGACGAACUUAUUCGCAACAAUUUGGAUGACCUGACUUCCGACGAGGCUCUCCUCCGACAGCUCGAAGCCCGAGGUUCCGACUAUCAGUCGCUUCUGCAUCACCACAAUAUUCACACGAAGAACCGGGAUCUGGUGGUGAACACUCUCAGGAAUGCCGGCCUCGAAACGCGAUUGGUUGACCGUUUCGAUUAUACUGACGCCAAUGUGGAAUGGGCAGACGUGAUCUUCACCACCGGCGGCGAUGGGACGUUCUUGAUGGCUGCAUCGAAAGUCAAAUCUCGGGACAAGCCAGUCAUUGGAAUCAACAGCGACCCCUCCAGGUCAAUUGGCUAUCUCUGUCUCCCUGGGAAGUAUACCGAGGCGUUCCCUGCUGCUUUGCAGAAGCUUCUCGCCGGCAGUUUCAGGUGGCUCUGGAGACAGCGAAUCAGAGUUUCGGUUCAAGGCGAGCACGCGUACGACCCUCCGAUCGAGCUCCACGAUCAACAACUCCAAUACCCCGAAUACCGCUUCAUCGACUGCAUCAACGAGGAGCACAAACCAGCCACGCCAAACGCGCCACCGGAAGGUGCGGAGUCCAGCGAGAAUCCGCCCAUCGCAUCGCCAAUCAGAAUUCUUCCAAUAAAGUCUCUCAACGAAGUUUUCGUCGGGGAGUCUCUCUCGUCGAGAGUGUCGUACUACGAAAUUUCGAUUGACGGCUCGCCUCGGACCAAGGUCAAGAGCAGUGGUGUGACGAUUUGUACUGGUACUGGUUCCACCUCGUGGUCGUUCAACAUCAACAAGGUUACACCUCAGUGCGUGCAACGGCUUCUGGAGAUCGUUCAGCAGGAAACCGGUCAAGACGUCGGCGUACGGGACAGUACUCUGGUCCAGAACAUAACUUCCAAAUUCAACGACAGCCUCAUUUUUGAUCCUUCGCAAGCUCGCAUGGCGUACACCAUAAGGGAUCCUGUGUUUUUCGGGACUCACUUUAGUAGUAAGCCGCGCGGCUUCGCUAAAAGGAUAGAGAUUCGUUCUCGGAUGUUCGACGCUUGUCUCGUUAUUGAUGGUUCUCUGUCUUUCGUCUUCAACGAUGGGGCGACCGCCGUCCUCGAGAUCCUUGAGCAAGAUGCGCUGAAAACUGUCGCGAUCGAGGAUUAAACGACCACACGCGUUCCGUCCUGAUCGAGCAAUCUAUUCGGGACGGAGAGGCGAGAAUUGAGGAGGAUAAGGGGACGACUAGUUCCACUGGAAUGCUGUCUCCGGGCUGACCGGACUGAACGCGCUAUGUGAUGAGAGACGCUGAAGAUGACGAUCCGGAGGAGGAACAUUCUCGCGGGGGAAGAAGUCGGAGAUCAAUGAUGAGAUGGGAGCGACAAUAUACGACUUCGGUGGAGCACUCACGUGAUGGAUCGAUCAUUCUCAAACUGAAUGAUUCAAUGGCUGCCAUUGUCCUUGGUGGAGACCUUACGUUGGAGGGUGGGGUGUACAUAACAAUACGCUAAAAUUCCAGUUGACCCGCUCGAAUCUAUUCCCUCUCUCAGAGCAACGUCGGGUACGCAACGACGUCAAUACGACGGCGAUGGUUUUUAUUCCGUGUUAUCUGUAACUUAAAGAUAUAAGUGCCGCCAAGAACGACAUCAGUCGCGGAACGAAGCAAGUACAUGGUUAUUUUCCAUAUUCCUCUAAAGAUGGUCGAGCAAGUCAAGGACGGGUGUGUGACCUUUGCACACUGUUCUCUGAAGAAAAAGAGCCUGGCAGAGUUUUAUGAGGAAAAAAAAUUGUUUCCUCAUGUCUUUAAUAAAAUUUCGAACGUUUCUUCGGA